AUUCCUCAGAGAGAGAGAGAAGGAGAGAGAGGUGGGGUGUACUCUGGCCUCCUCUGAACACAGUUACAUUUCUUCUUGCAGCUCAGUGACUCACUCAGUCUUGUAAGAAGCUGAUCCACUCGUGUUAGUGCAAAGUUUUCCUCCUACCAGCAUGAGUUUACCGAGACGCAACGGUAGUCUGGAGCUCGGGGAAUGUACCAGGAACCCGGGCUUUCAGGAUGACGAGGAGUCUGUGGCGGACAACAGCAACGCCGUCCCCGUUGAGACGCGGGAGUCCUCAGCAGUCAAACUGGAGACGACCGAGGAGGAGUACACUCAGAUCAAACCGUACGCCGGCAUGCCUAAGGAGGUGCUGCUGCUGUACUCCACACAGGCCCGGUACCGAGUUCCCCGUGAGAUCCUGUUCUGGCUCACGGUGGCCUGCACUCUGGCUCUGGUCGCGCUCACUAUCACGGUGAUCGCGCUGUCGCCGGGCUGUCUGAGCUGGUGGCAGGCCUCCCCGGUGUACCAGGUUUACCCACGGUCCUUCAAAGAUUCAGACGGAGACGGAGUUGGUGACCUGAAAGGUAAGACAAGCCCGUAUCCGGUGUAAUUUGACCCGAUUUUUAAACUACUUGGGCGGCAGUAACUCAGGCGGUAGAGCGGUCAUCCAACAACAGGAAGGUUGGCGGUUCGAUUCCCCCCUAUCCCGUGUCUGUUCGUUAUGUACACGGGCAAGACGCUUAACAUAUCUUGCUCCUGGUGUGUGUGUCCUCCACUAGUGUAUGAUUGUGAGUGUUGUGUGGUGGUGGUCAGAGAGGUAAUAGGCACAGACUGCCAUUCACGUUUCCUUCAGUCUACCCCUGGGCAUCUUGACUACCAAGGUAGUCUACUACCACCAAGGUGUGACUGUGUGAUCGAAUGAAUGAUUUAUCCAACGUAAAGCACUUUGAGGGUCUCUGAUAAAGUGCUAUAUGAAAUCUGAUGCAUUAUUAUUAUUAUUAGUUGGGCUUGUUCAUUGGAUUUAGCCGCUCCAACGCUGGACAGAACAACUAACAGCCCAAAUAUGUGGUGUAAUACAGUACCAUAUGAUUGACAUGCAUGCACAUUCAGACUAGUCUUGGCCGGAGACCUUCUGUAUCCAACUCACCAUCUCUUCGCUCUCUCUGGUCUUCUAGGUGUUCUCCAACAGCUAGAUCACUUUCAGUACCUAAACAUCAAGUCAAUCUGGAUCAGUCCUUUCUACCGCUCUCCUAUGAAGGACUUUGGCUAUGAUGUGGAAGAUUUUCGUGACAUUGACCCACUCUUUGGAACCAUGCAGGACUUCGAUGAUCUGCUGGCUGAAAUGCACAAUAAAGGUCUGAAGUUUUUGGAUACAGAUUUGGUGCCAGGUAUUCUGUUAUGACAAUGACAGGGUGCUCGUCUUGGCUUAUCCUUAUCUCUCUGUUUUUGCCAGGUCUGAAGCUGAUCAUGGAUUUCAUUCCUAAUCACACCAGUGACCGUCACCGCUGGUUCAACCUGAGCCGGACUAGAGAUCCUGAAUACAGUGAUUACUAUGUCUGGACUGACUGCAAUGCAACCGGACCAAAGCCAAAUAAUUGGGUUGGUACUUGAACUGGUGUAUGCUGGGAUUGUCUGCAUCUGACUGUCUGCUCUUCCUUAUACCUGAUCUUGCUACCCCUUCCUUGUUUCUCUCAGGUGAGUAUUUUUGGGAACUCAUCAUGGACUUACGAUGAAGUUCGGGGCCAAUGCUACCUGCAUCAGUUCCUGAAAGAGCAACCAGAUCUGAACUUCAGGAACCCUAAUGUUCGGAAAGAAAUAGUAGUAAGUUAAAGUAAUCACACACUCUUUAUCAGUAUUUUCUUUCUGUAUCCUGGCUAAUCUCCUGUAAAACUAAAAGAGCCAAGUGUCCCAAUAAUCCCAUUUCUUAACAUUUAUUCUGCUUCUGUAGGAUAUUAUUCACUUCUGGCUGCAGAAGGGGGUGGAUGGCUUCAGGAUGGAUGCAGUGAAGCACAUCCUGGAGGCUGCACACUUGAGGGAUGAACCCCAGGUGGACCCCAACAAACCACCAGUGAGUGCUACCUCAACAUGCAUCACACCAAGCCUCCUCACUUUGAAUGCCUUGUAUCUUGAUGAUGCUCCAUUUUGUCUGUAACAUGGCAAUAAAUGAUGGUAAGGAGUGUCUGAUCUGAUUAUAAUGUAACCAACCCUUUUAAACUUGUGUGAGGCUGAGCUUCAGGUCAGCUUUAGGUCAAAUUAAAAUUCAGAGCCCUCUAGUUUGGCUAUUGCCUCGUGGUUUUAUCUGUCAUAACAAGCCAGGAUAGAUGGCUUUGACGUCUUCCGCAUUGUGUCUGUUGUGUAGUUGAGUUUUAGGGUUGUGGACUGUCGGUUGGACAGAAGAGGCAAAAAGAGAAAACCACUGAAAAAACAUAAUGUAGAUAAUAUAGACUCAAUAAGUCAUGAGAAAACUGUAGAUAAAUUAAAUUUACAACACCUGGUGCAGCCCACUAGUUUUUCCAGAGGAAAGUUAACUUACUCAUUACCUGAAUGUGUAAAUUGAGAUUACAUUUGAUACUGCCUCUUUUUUUUUAUAUGCUGAAGAACAUCUAAGAGAUUACUAUGAUUUGCUCUAAUAACAACAAGACCAUAAAACAUAUAUCAGGAAAUCUGAUAUCAGUUUUUGAGGGUCAAUUUUUUACAACACAAAACUUCAGAACAAAUUUCUUUUAGCAAAUAUUUAAUCAAAGCUGUAACUUUAACAUCAUACACAUGUGUUAAAGUUAAACAGUUACUCUUACAGUACUGUUGUCAAAAUCAUGUGGCAUCACACCAGUCAGACAGUGUUGUGGGUGGGAUGCCAGAGGAGACAGAGUAGUGAGUGAAAACAGAUCAAGAGGGGAAGACACACAAGCAGUGGAGGCAAAAUAGAGCACUUUUUUAUCUGUCAAAAUAAUCUUCAAUCAGGAAGAUAAAACACUGAUAAUCAGUUGGAUAAUUGGUCUAACCCCGCUGUUAAAUGAAAGAUUUUUUUAUUUACUCAGCUUCAAUGAUCCUUCUUUACUCUAGAGAUCAGAGUUCAACAUAGUUAGCAGUUACUGCCGUCAAAUCCAGGUGUAUAAAUGAACAGUGAUUUUAUUUUCUAACAUUUACACAAGAAAUGACUUGUCAGUGGUCAAUCAUUUGUUCUGCACUCUCAAGUGCAACUGCUUCCACAAACAUGAUAAACUGCUAAGUGGGAGAAAAGUCUGACAUACCAAAUACAUAAGUGACUGAGAGGUCAGCACAACCUCAAAGUAAACCACAGCUUUGUUAAGCAAUAACUCAUGCCGCACGUGGUCAUAAAAUUCAAGCAUAAUAAGAGUUCUUAUCAGGCAUUACUCAUUGACCUUUAUGAGACCAUGAGUGUUAACUGGGAACUUUGCUGCAGCCUUGAAAAUGAUUCAGCCAAUCAUGAGAGAGCAGGCAUCUGUGUUAUCACUAUUGUGAUGGUGAUGAGGGGACAGUUUUGGACCAGCCAAAAGGUUACUCUCGGCCCUUGUGGCAGCAUGUCAGCAUUUGAGUCAGCGCUGCUCACCUGUAGUUUGUAUUUUGCUCUGUGUUUGUUUCUCUCACCAGAAUAACACUCUCACAACAUAUUCAGAAUAUUGUCUAUCAUUAAAACAGAGUUAAAUUGAAUUUGGUUUAUUCUACUGAGACUUAGUUUUUGCUUAAGCCUGUUGUUCUUUGAGACAUAAGCAAGGCACGAAAGGUCAAUUUCAUCAUCCUCUUUUUAAUCCCUAACACUCCAGGAAGAAGUAACUACAGAGUGGGAUCUCUACCAUGACUACACCACCAGUCAGCUGGGCCUGCAUGACCUGUUAAGGGGGUGGAGGGCUGAGAUGGAAUCCUACAGCAGGGAACCUGGCAGAUACAGGUGGUGAUACGAUGCAAAAGAGUUUUAAUGAACCUGUUUUGCAUGUUUGAACUGAUUUCAACUCUCCUUUGAGUUGUUUCACAUCACACUUCUGACAUUUUUAAGCAGUUUCUCUCUGACAAAAGAAAUGCCUUUUUCUUACAGGCUGAUUAGGUCAUGUGAUAAAAACGUACAUUCUGUAUGAGACAAAGAAAUGCUUUUUGUGCUCACUCUAACUGUGCAAUACACAAAUCUGAUUUUGGCUGAUUGCUUUUGUAUUCUUACAAAUUCUUGGGCUAUGAAAAUGUAUCGAGGAAUACAUUUACAAACUGAGUCUUGCAUGUUUUUGUGCAUCUGUUUCCAUGUUAACAUGAAACCAUGUCUUUUAAUGCAUUUCAGGUUCAUGGUGUCUGAGUCAUAUGAUUACCAUGAGGUUGACAAGACCAUGAUGUACUACGGCACGCCACAGGUCAAGGAAAGUGACUUCCCCUUUAACUUUUACCUGCUGGAUCUGCCACAGAACACAUCUGGCUUGUGGGCUCAACAUCUAGUCCACCUGUGGAUGUCCAACAUGCCUAAGGGAAAAUGGGCAAACUGGGUGGUGAGUCAUCACGGCCGGACUCUUAUAUUAUUGUUUUGACCACUUGAAGAAUGACACUGAUGUAUGUUUCUGAUCCCGAUGGCAUUGAUCUUUCUUUCUUCACUAUUAGGGUAGAAAACAGGAUGAAAUCAGCACUGAUUAGUCAGUCAACUUUGCACUUCUCUUCAUUCUCAAUAAACUCUCUGAUUAGAUAUUGUUUCUAAAUUAUUUUCCUCAUAAUUUUAAAGACUAAAGACUGUGUGUAACUCAACUUCAUCUUUUCAAGCUGAUGUUAAAAGAUGAUAGUAGGACAAAAAGCUCAUAUAUUUUUGAAUUAUAUCAAUAAAUAUGUAAUAAAUUUAAAAAUGGUACCUUAAGGUAGAGGGUGUCACAUGCUUUUGUUAAAUCCCAUUUAUCAGCUAGAAAAAAAAAUCACAUUUUAUUUGAAUACUUGCAUCAGAAAGAUAAAUAACAAUUUUAUAUUGUGGCUCAACUUUUGCUCUGAGAUCAGUGACCAUCAGGUAAUGUUUUUUUCUUCACUGUGUAUCUAGUGUCAGCUUCAAUGACUUCUUCACCGAGAGCACGCCAGCUAUAGACAAUAUAUUUCAAACUACACUAUGACUGUUUGACUAUUACUCCUCUGUGACUCCUAAAAGCCAGUGUUUAUCCACCUCAGCUGGUCUCAAGCUUUCUCUUACUUUAUCAAUCUGUUCCUUAUCCCUCACUUUUUCACUUCACUUCUCUCAAUCCUUUCUACCUUGUUUUCUUUUACCCAGCAUACCUCACUCAUCUCUCCACCUUCCCUUGUAUUUUUCUUACUACCACUGUUAUCAGGUUGGGAACCAUGACAGGCCUCGGAUUGCCUCCAGCGCUGGCCCAAAGUAUGUUAAGGUCAUCAACAUGCUGCUGCUGACCCUUCCAGGCACACCCACCACCUACUACGGAGAGGAGAUUGGCAUGGAGAACAUUAAUAUCACAGACAGCCAAGUACAAGACCCAGCUGGAAAAUACAAUACAGUGAGCACUACUCAAAUAAUAUUUAAAGGCGGGAAUGACUGAAAUGAAGCUCAAAACUUGUUUCAACUUUAAUACCGUUCAAAUUUCCAACCUUGUCCCAGAUUUGGCUUUGUGGGUUUAUAAAAUUGACUACAACACUGAUCAGAAGUAUAUUUAGUUUCAUAAUUAUUCCUCUCCUUUCCCCGCAGAGUCUUAGUCGGGAUCCUCAAAGGUCCCCGAUGCAGUGGAGUGAUGAUACGAACGCAGGCUUUAACACUAAAUCCAAUGCCUCUUGGCUGCCAGUCCAUCCUGACUACAGCACUGUCAAUGUGGAGGUACAGAAGUCGUAAAUUUUGGAUAAAAUUCCAAAAGCUUGCUCAGUCUUAUUUUAUUGAAAUGUUUCCCUUCACCAAUCUUUCAUCUCCAGGCUCAGAAGAAAGACGAAGGCUCUGUCAUAGCUCAGUACCGUUUACUCAACACAUUGCGUCAGACAGAGCUCCCCCUCCACCGUGGUUGGUUCUGCUAUGUCCAUGCUGAUGCCCACGUCUUCUCUUACAUCAGAGAGCUGGACGGGCUCGACCAAGCUUUUCUCAUGGUGCUUAACUUUGGUGAUGAAUCUGUAACCACGGAUUUCUCUUCUGUUAAUGAGUUACCAGGCCAGCUGGAGGUGCUGAUGAGCACAAACCACAUCAACAAUGGCAAGGUGAUGCAAAAAUCUCGGAUCGUGACAGAAGCAGGCGAGGGUUUGGUGAUUCGGUACUCCACCAGCACUCGGUUCAAUCCAAACCACUCAAAAGAGUGCUACAUCUCAGAGAAGGCCUGCUACCUGAGUGUCCUGGAUAUCUUAUACAAGUGCUAACACAAGUCAACAAUCACAGUUUCAGUAUGACUGUAAAAAAAAAUUUUGUGUCUCUUUUGUAGGACACUGUCUCAUACAAUAAAGUUAAUGUUAGAUAUGCCUCUGUCUGCUCUUAUUUUCCAGCCCUAUUGUAAAGACUUUUUUGCAUCUUCUUGCAUGUCAUGGGUGCAGUGGCAGAUGUUCGGGUCACCGUGGUUUCAUUCCUAUUCCCUUCUGAUGGCCUUGCUUUCUCUUUCUCCUGCGUGGAAGCCGAGGAGGCUCCAGUCCAAGC